GGAAACAUGCAGAUCAUAGCUGCUUCCAGGGUGUUUGAAAACUACAAGGAUGAUUUCUCCAGGUGUGGUCUUUGUCUUAUUGGCUGUUCUGGGACAGACAAGUGGCUUUUCUGUAUCCUCGGUCAAAUCAUGUAAUACUUUGGUGGAGGUCACUGAUCAGCGUUCAGAUACAAAUAUUGCUAAAGGUGGGAAAGCGACUCAGUCCUCGCUGUAUGAGAAUGAUGUCCCUGAAAGGGCCAUUGAUGGAAAUCGUGCUAGCAACAGGCAAGAAAAGUCCUGUUCAGUCACACAAAAGGAUCAAAAUCCAUGGUGGAGUCUGGACCUCCUGAAGACGUACAACAUCAACACCGUCACAAUCACCAACAGAAAAGAUUGUUGCCCCCAAAGGCUCAAUGGUGCUGAGAUCCGCAUCGGAAAUUCCAUCAUCGACAACCGCAAUGCUAAUCCCAGAUGUGCAGUGAUCUCAUCUAUCGCUGCUGGGGCCUCACAAACCUUUGUUUGUAAUGGAAUGGAAGGCCGUUAUGUAAACAUUGUGAUUCCUGGAAGACAAGAAUACCUGACACUGUGUGAGGUGGAGGUCACUGGUCAGCCUUCAGAUACAAAUAUUGCUAAAGGUGGGAAAGCGACUCAGUCCUCGCUGUAUGAGAAUGAUGUCCCUGAAAGGGCCAUUGAUGGAAAUCGUGCUAGCAACAGGCAAGAAAAGUCCUGUUCAGUCACACAAAAGGAUCAAAAUCCAUGGUGGAGUCUGGACCUCCUGAAGACGUACAACAUCAACACCGUCACAAUCACCAACAGAAAAGAUUGUUGCCCCCAAAGGCUCAAUGGUGCUGAGAUCCGCAUCGGAAAUUCCAUCAUCGACAACCGCAAUGCUAAUCCCAGAUGUGCAGUGAUCUCAUCUAUCGCUGCUGGGGCCUCACAAACCUUUGUUUGCAAUGGAAUGGAAGGCCGUUAUGUAAACAUUGUGAUUCCUGGAAGACAAGAAUACCUGACACUGUGUGAGGUGGAGGUCACUGGUCAGCCUUCAGAUACAAAUAUUGCUAAAGGUGGGAAAGCGACUCAGUCCUCGCUGUUUGAGAAUGCUGUCCCUGAAAGGGCCGUUGAUGGAAAUCGUGCUAGCAACUGGCCGGAGGGUUCCUGUACACACACACAAAAGGAUCAAAAUCCAUGGUGGAGUCUGGACCUCCUGAAAACGUACAACAUCAACACCGUCACAAUCACCAACAGAAAAGAUUGUUGCCCCGAAAGGCUCAAUGGUGCUGAGAUCCGCAUCGGAAAUUCCAUCAUCGACAACCGCAAUGCUAAUCCCAGAUGUGCAGUGAUCUCAUCUAUCGCUGCUGGGGCCUCACAAACCUUUGUUUGCAAUGGAAUGGAAGGCCGUUAUGUAAACAUUGUGAUUCCUGGAAGACAAGAAUACCUGACACUGUGUGAGGUGGAGGUCACUGGUCAGCCUUCAGAUACAAAUAUUGCUAAAGGUGGGAAAGCGACUCAGUCCUCGCUGUAUGAGAAUGAUGUCCCUGAAAGGGCCAUUGAUGGAAAUCGUGCUAGCAACAGGCAAGAAAAGUCCUGUUCAGUCACAGGGAGGGAUCAAAAUCCAUGGUGGAGUCUGGACCUCCUGAAGACGUACAACAUCAACACCGUCACAAUCACCAACAGAAAAGAUUGUUGCCCCGAAAGGCUCAAUGGUGCUGAGAUCCGCAUCGGAAAUUCCAUCAUCGACAACCGCAAUGCUAAUCCCAGAUGUGCAGUGAUCUCAUCUAUCGCUGCUGGGGCCUCACAAACCUUUUUUUGUAAUGGAAUGGAAGGCCGUUAUGUAAACAUUGUGAUUCCUGGAAGACAAGAAUACCUGACACUGUGUGAGGUGGAAGUCACUGGUCAGCCUUCAGAUACAAAUAUUGCUAAAGGUGGGAAAGCGACUCAGUCCUCGCUGUAUGAGAAUGAUGUCCCUGAAAGGGCCAUUGAUGGAAAUCGUGCUAGCAACAGGCAAGAAAAGUCCUGUUCAGUCACACAAAAGGAUCAAAAUCCAUGGUGGAGUCUGGACCUCCUGAAGACGUACAACAUCAACACCGUCACAAUCACCAACAGAAAAGAUUGUUGCCCCGAAAGGCUCAAUGGUGCUGAGAUCCGCAUCGGAAAUUCCAUCAUCGACAACCGCAAUGCUAAUCCCAGAUGUGCAGUGAUCUCAUCUAUCGCUGCUGGGGCCUCACAAACCUUUGUUUGUAAUGGAAUGGAAGGCCGUUAUGUAAACAUUGUGAUUCCUGGAAGACAAGAAUACCUGACACUGUGUGAGGUGGAGGUCACUGGUCAGCCUUCAGAUACAAAUAUUGCUAAAGGUGGGAAAGCGACUCAGUCCUCGCUGUAUGAGAAUGCUGUCCCUGAAAGGGCCGUUGAUGGAAAUCGUGCUAGCAACUGGCCGGAGGGUUCCUGUACACACACACAAAAGGAUCAAAAUCCAUGGUGGAGUCUGGACCUCCUGAAGACGUACAAGAUCAACACCGUCACAAUCACCAACAGAAAAGAUUGUUGCCCCGAAAGGCUCAAUGGUGCUGAGAUCCGCAUCGGAAACUCCCUCACUGACAACGGCAAUGCUAAUCCCAGAUGUGCAGUGAUCUCAUCUAUCGCUGCUGGGGCCUCACAAACCUUUGUUUGUAAUGGAAUGGAAGGCCGUUAUGUAAACAUUGUGAUUCCUGGAAGACAAGAAUACCUGACACUGUGUGAGGUGGAGGUCACUGGUCAGCCUUCAGAUACAAAUAUUGCUAAAGGUGGGAAAGCGACUCAGUCCUCGCUGUAUGGGAAUGAUGUCCCUGAAAGGGCCAUUGAUGGAAAUCGUGCUAGCAACAGGCAAGAAAAGUCCUGUUCAGUCACACAAAAGGAUCAAAAUCCAUGGUGGAGUCUGGACCUCCUGAAGACGUACAACAUCAACACCGUCACAAUCACCAACAGAAAAGAUUGUUGCCCCGAAAGGCUCAAUGGUGCUGAGAUCCGCAUCGGAAAUUCCCUCACUGACAACGGCAAUGCUAAUCCCAGAUGUGCAGUGAUCUCAUCUAUCGCUGCUGGGGCCUCACAAACCUUUGUUUGUAAUGGAAUGGAAGGCCGUUAUGUAAACAUUGUGAUUCCUGGAAGACAAGAAUACCUGACACUGUGUGAGGUGGAGGUCACUGGUCAGCCUUCAGAUACAAAUAUUGCUAAAGGUGGGAAAGUGACUCAGUCCUCGCUGUUUGAGAAUGCUGUCCCUGAAAGGGCCGUUGAUGGAAAUCGUGCUAGCAACUGGCCGGAGGGUUCCUGUACACACACACAAAAGGAUCAAAAUCCAUGGUGGAGUCUGGACCUCCUGAAAACGUAUAAGAUCAACACUGUCACAAUCACCAACAGAAAAGAUUGUUGCCCCGAAAGGCUCAAUGGUGCUGAGAUCCGCAUCGGAAACUCCCUCACUGACAACGGCAAUGCUAAUCCCAGAUGUGCAGUGAUCUCAUCUAUCGCUGCUGGGGCCUCACAAACCUUUGUUUGUAAUGGAAUGGAAGGCCGUUAUGUAAACAUUGUGAUUCCUGGAAGACAAGAAUACCUGACACUGUGUGAGGUGGAGGUCACUGGUCAGCCUUCAGAUACAAAUAUUGCUAAAGGUGGGAAAGCGACUCAGUCCUCGCUGUAUGGGAAUGCUGUCCCUGAAAGGGCCGUUGAUGGAAAUCGUGCUAGCAACUGGCCAGAGGGUUCCUGUACACACACACAAAAGGAUCAAAAUCCAUGGUGGAGUCUGGACCUCCUGAAAACGUAUAAGAUCAACACUGUCACAAUCACCAACAGAAAAGAUUGUUGCCCCGAAAGGCUCAAUGGUGCUGAGAUCCGCAUCGGAAAUUCCAUCAUCGACAACCGCAAUGCUAAUCCCAGAUGUGCAGUGAUCUCAUCUAUCGCUGCUGGGGCCUCACAAACCUUUGUUUGUAAUGGAAUGGAAGGCCGUUAUGUAAACAUUGUGAUUCCUGGAAGACAAGAAUACCUGACACUGUGUGAGGUGGAGGUCACUGGUCAGCCUUAGUAUCCAGUUUACUUUAAAGCCUAUUAAUUCAAACUUUCUGCUUCUUUUCCUUCAAUAAAGUGUGCUUACUUGUCAAUGA